AUGUUGCUUGAAAUACUGUUGGCACUGGUUGUGGGAACUGUCAUCUAUCUCUUUCUGACCAAGAAAAAGGAGGAAACAUUGCCUAUAGGAGAUGGUUGGUGGGGCAAAGGAAAGAAGCCUGAUUCCGAAGAAGAUGCAACUGUUCAUCCUUUUAAAGUUGAAACUUCAGAAUCUGAAAUAAAGGAUUUACACAAGAGGCUUGAUCAGGCUCGAUUCACUGAACCCUUAGAGGACAGUUACUUUUAUUAUGGGUUUAAUGCCACUUAUCUUAAGAAGAUCACCUCUUAUUGGAGAAAUCAGUUUGACUGGAAGAAACAAGUGGAAGUUCUCAACAGAUUCCCACAAUUCAAAACGAAGGUUGAAGGAAUUGAUGUCCAUUUUCUUCAUGUAAAACCUUCACGUUUGCCUGAAGGCCGAUCUGCAAAGCCAUUGUUAUUGGUUCAUGGCUGGCCUGGCUCGGUCUAUGAAUUUUACAAAAUUAUCCCUCUCUUGACGGAUCCUGCAAGUCAUGGCCUAAGUGAUGAGCCUGUUUUUGAAGUGAUAUGCCCUUCCAUCCCCGGAUAUGGCUUUUCAGAGGCCCCUCAUAAAAAAGGUUUCACUUCAGUGAGCUGUGCUCGUAUCUUCUACAGACUGAUGCUUAGACUGGAUUUCAAGGAAUUCUACGCUGAAGGAGGGGACUGGGGCUCUUUGAUCUGUACCAAUCUGGCUCAAAUAGCUCCAAACCAUGUGAAAGGUCUUCACUUAAGUGAUGUGGUGAAUACUGGCUUGGGAUUUAAGCAUCUGCUGUCGGCACUGCUGGGACAAUAUUUCCCAAAACUAUUUGGAUUCCAAGAAGAGGAUGUCCAGCAGUUAUUCCCCUUCUGGAAGAAAAUGGUCUUCAAGUUACUCAUGGAAUCUGGUUAUGCUCACAUACAAGCUACAAGGCCCGAUACUGCUGGUUGUGGCUUGAAUGACUCUCCUUUGGGACUGGCUGCAUACAUAUUGGAGAAGUUUGCUUUAUGGACCAAUCUCAGCCAUGAGUACCUAGAAGACGGAGGAUUAGAAAAGAAGUUCACUCUUGAUGACCUGCUUACAAAUGUCAUGAUCUACUGGGUAUCAGGCUGCAUCGUUUCUUCAAUGCGUUUUUACAAAGAGAACUUAAAGAAUGGCUUUGGUACAGAAAAGCAUGAAAAGCUGGCUGUGUACGUUCCCACAGGAAUUACUUCUUUCCCCAAUGAUUUCAUAUACUUUCCUCGAUCAUGGCUACACCCAACGUAUGUCAAUAUAGUCUCAUACAACUACAUGCCACAAGGUGGCCAUUUUGCAGCCUUUGAAGAACCGGAACUCCUGGCAGCAGAUAUUCGACAGUUUGUGAAGAAAAUAGAAAAAAGGAGCUUUACCAAAUGA